AUGUCGCGCAUCGUGUCCACCUCGCGCUGCCCCAAGGGCCGCCUCCUGUACUACUUCCCCCGCAGCUCGCCGCCCGAGAGGACAAGCGGCGGGGUCGGCGGCGGCGGUGACGGAGGAAGGCAUGAGGUAGAAGGGGUAGCAGGAGCGGUGACGAGCGGCGGCGGCGGCGGCGGCGGCGGUGGUGAUGAUGACGUCAGCGGUAGCGGAGGGGAUGAUGAUCGGGCCUUCUCCGACUGGUGCGGCUGGCACAACGACCACAGCGCGCUCACAGGUCUGGUCCCGGCAAUGUUCCUCGACAGCGAGGGCAGAGAGGUCGCCAACGAGGACCCUCGGUGCGGCCUUUACAUACGCUCCCGACGGAAGGGCGAGCUUGUGAAGGCCACGUUACCCCCCGGGGAGGCGUCGUCGUCCUGUCUGCUUUUCCAGAUCGGCGAGACGACCCAAGUGCUGUCCGGCGGCGCGCUUCAGGCCACGCCCCACGCCGUUCGAUCGACGUCUCACGAAGGUGUGAGCCGAGAGGCGUUCGCGGUGUUUAUGCAGCCGGAAUGGGGAGAGAGCAUGGACGUGCCAAGAGGCACGGAGUUCGAGUCUGUGCGGUCUCUUCACUCGAAGAGCCUGCUCCCGCGAGCGGCGGCGCCCAUCACCGACAGGCUGCGCCCCGGGAUGGACUUCGGGGAAUUCACGGAAGCCACCUUCGCCGCCUACUACUGAAACUCGAGACGAUGUGACGACUUUGAAGUGGCAUUUUCCCCCCGUUCGAAUCGAAGACUUUUUAAAGGUGCUACUACUGCUGUAGGUUGUGUCGUUGCUUGUUUGUUUUUUGCUUGGGAGGGGCGGGGAGGGAAGGCGGAAGGAUCGGAGGGGCAUCAUCUGUGCCGUGUUUUUCUCAUUGUUCGUGCUUCAGGGAAGUGGAUUGGCUCGUUUAAGGUGGAUAUUGUUGUUGUCUUCACAGUAUAAUACGUUCCGGUCUCUGCUUGCAGUGUGUAAUACCUUCGAAUAUGCUCGUUUUCGGUGCG